UUUAUCUCAAUGCUCAUACCGAGGAAAGACGAUUAGGUGCAUCCUUUCUCUGUGCCAAUAGACUCAGACAUCAAUAAAUCACAGCAGGUUUCUGGCAAAUUUCUCCCUAUAUAAACCUCAAAAACACUGAAUCUUCAAAUCACAGCAAAACAGAAAUACAAUUCCUAUCUUCCUCUUUGCCUAUAACCAUCCAUCAGUGUAAAAUGCCGACCGCCAUGGAAGAUGUCACUGCCAAGAUUGAGGCAGUUGAAAUCGACCCCGAGAGUGGUCUUGCUUUAAAGUCAACAAUGGACAAGGAGAAGGCAAGCGAAGGUGAACCAAAGACUACAGAAACAACACAAGAGAAGCCUAAUGGAGCCAAAAGUGAAGAGGAAAAGAACGAGAAACGUGAUCCGGAGAAAGAACCCAAUGGUGCAACUUUCAAAGAGGAGGAAGUUCCCGUUGAGGUUGAGCCUAAAACUGGAGUCUCUUUUGCUGUCAGACUUGAAGAUGGGAAGCAGUUGAAAUCCGUAGGUUUAAGGAAGAAGAGCAUGCUUGGCAUGGGCAUUAAAGUCUAUGGCUUUGGAAUAUAUGCAGACAAUGAGAAAUUGAAAGACCUUAUGCAGUCCAAGGUAGGGAAAGCACCCUCAAAACCAACAAAGGAAAUGUUCCAAAUGGUGAUUGACAGUGAUUUAGGAAUGGUGGUGCGGUUGGUAAUUGUUUUCUCUAACCUGACUAUGAGCAUGGUAAGAAAGAACUUUGACGAAGGCCUCGGAGCUGCCAUAAAGAAACUCACUGGUGGGAAGAACGAUGAGCUCACAAAGAAGAUCAUGGGUGAAGCAUCUGAUGACAUAAAGCUGGCUUCUGGUUCUGUAAUUGAGAUUUCAAGACUCCCAGGAUAUGUUCUUCAGACCAAAGUAAAGGGUGAGAUUGUGAGCAAGGUGGAAAGUGAACUACUCUGCAGGGCCUUCAUCUACAUGUAUUUAGGUGAUGAUCCCUUUGACAAAGAAGCCAAGGAGAAGUUCGGGGCAUCCAUGCUCUCUCUGUUCUAAGUAGCGGGUUUCCAGCAAUUUGUAGGUUGUUAAGGAAUAAGCUGGUGAAUUUGGACUGAUGAAUAAUUGCUCAAUAAGAGAAUGAUCACAACAUGGUUGAUUUUUCAUAGUGCAGUAUUUCAUAAGUUUUAUUAUGCAA